AUGGAGAUACGGCUAUGUGAUUUUUUAAGGACUCAAGCUCCGCACAUCUUCGAGAGACCGCGCAGCACUUCGCCAUCUUCCUACACAUCGCACGGCGACCGCGGGGAAGGCCGACAUUACCACGAUAGAGGCAGGCAGAGAAACGAUCAACAAUACGCUGACACCUCAAGAAGCGAGCGUGAACCUUCUUCCAACGUCGCGUACAAUCGCUUCAGCGACAAUGCUGCCUCCCACAAAGCUCCUGAGAAGCAAACGCAGCCCAUAUGGAGAGGGAAGAUUGCGAGAAAUGGCAAGAAGCUGGUGGAUACCAUUGCCAUUGCAAUCAGCGGACAACCAGAGGCCGUAUUGACCAAGGACGUGAAUACAAUCAACAUCACCCACAGGCUCAAGUGCGAAGAUGCGGCUAAAGUGGAGCCAAUAGCAGUGUUCUAUAUGAAGGCGCGAAGGCCCGAACAACAGCGGGCCCUGGAGGACUACAUCACCUACUUCCAAGACAAAGACAGGAUCGGCGUAGCAACGCUGGACGAGGACACCAAUAUUUACGUGUGCGCUCCAGGCACUGAGCUGUUUAAGACACACGCCCCGCAUGGCGGAGGGGAUUCCACGUUGAUCGGCAUUGCCGUGCCGUCUACCAGUCCAACACAGGAGGAAAGUGCCGAUAAGGCCGAGCCGCAACAGCCGGAAGAGCGCCGAGAUUGGCUGAACCAGCUCAACACUCUAACCGCGAUGCUUGGGGCCAAGAAAUGA